UAUUUUUAAUUCAAAUUGCCAAAACUGUCCCCUCCGUCACCGCAGGCAGUAGGCGACACCCUCACCCCCACCCCAACCUGCGGAGAGAGAGCUCAACAUCUCUUCCCGAACGGUGCUCCGAUCUUCCAUUCCAUUGGUAGUUUCUGCUGUUCCUCGAAUCUGUUCGUGGAAUUUGCAUUUCUCGAUUGUUGAGCUUUUGGAUGGUUGUGAAUCGUGCGCUUUUACUAUCAAUAGCUUCGUGUGAUCUUUGCUUUUGAUAAGUUGGAAGGCGCUGGGGGCAGAUCUUGCUGCAGCUUUCUUUAGGGCAAUAUUAAGCUGGAUUGGAGGAACCUUCUUUGUGCAUGCAUUGUAUGCAUAAAUUCUGUGAGAGUAUAGAAGCAAGAUGGCUAUGAAUUAUGUUCAUCAGCAGGAAGUCAAUGGCUCGGUUGACCAUUCCAAUUGUUUGAUCGCGCCUUCUGGUGGAGCCUUUGCUUGCAUGGUGAAUUCAGAAAUUGGUGCUGUUUUGGCUGUGAUGCGUAGAAAUGUAAGGUGGGGAGUUCAUUAUGCUUCUGAUGAUGAGCAGAUAGAGCAUUCUCUUAUAACAUCCUUCAAGGAGCUCCGGAAGAAGAUAUUUUCAUGGCAAAACCGUUGGCACAGCAUUGAUCCAGUUUUAUACCUCCAGCCAUUUCUGGAUGUCAUAAAAUCUGAUGAGACUGGCGCACCAAUCACUGGUGUUGCAUUGUCAUCUGUCUACAAAAUCCUAAAUCUACAGAUACUGGAUUCGAAAACUGUGAAUGUAGAUAAUGCUUUACACCUAAUUGUUGAUGCUGUAACAAGCUGCCGAUUUGAGGUGACCGAUCCAGCAUCUGAGGAAGUUGUACUGAUGAAGAUUCUUCAAGUUCUUUUGGCUUGUAUGAAAAAUAAAGCAUCAGUUAGUUUGAACAACCAUCAUGUAUGUAGCAUAGUGAAUACUUGCUUCCGAAUAGUUCAUCAGGCAAGCUCUAAAAGUGAAUUGCUGCAGAGGAUAUCUCGCCAUACAAUGCAUGAACUUGUCAGAUGUAUUUUUUCCCACCUUCCUGACUUGGACCAUAAAAGACCGGACAUUUCUAAUGAGAAAAGCUCUUCCUCCAAACUAGAGGAAAGUGUGGCAACACAAAGUCACACUCUUGAGGAAAAGCAAUAUGUGGAUGGUUAUGCCUCUGCAAAAUCUGACAGUCAUGUACUUGAGACCCGUCAAGGGAAAGAUGGCACCCUAACUUCUGAUUCUACAAUGAUGGAGCCUUAUGGUAUUCCUGCUAUGGUGGAAAUAUUCCAUUUCUUUUGCUCUCUUCUAAAUGUGAUGGAGAACAUUGAUAUAAUUCCCAGAUCAAAUCCAAUAGCUUACCAUGAAGAUGUUCCUCUGUUUGCUCUGGGCUUGAUUAAUUCUGCAAUAGAAUUAGGUGGAUCUUCUUUUGGGAAUCAUCCUAAAUUAUUGGCUUUGAUACAGGAAGAACUGUUUUACAACCUGAUACAGUUUGGUCUGUCAAUGAGUCCGCUAAUCCUUUCAACAGUUUGUAGCAUAGUUCUGAAUCUUUAUCACCAUCUCCGCACUAAGUUAAAGCUGCAGUUUGAAGCUUUUGUUUCCAGCGUGCUGUUGAGGACUGCACAAAGCAAGUAUGGAGCUUCUUACCAACAGCAGGAGGUUGCUAUGGAAGCUCUUAUUGACUUCUGCAGGCAGCCUAUGUUUGUUCCUGAAUUGUAUGCAAACUACGAUUGUGAUAUAUCUUGUACCAAUGUUUUUGAAGACCUUGCCAAUCUGUUAUCAAGGAGUGCCUUUCCAGUGAACAGCCCUUUAUCUGCAAUGAAUAUUCUUGCUCUGGAUGGUCUUAUUGCUUUGGUUCAGGGCAUGGCUGAUCGAGUAAGUCAUGAAUCUUUGGGCUCGGGAGAAGCUUCCCAAGAACUUGGGGAAUAUAAACAAUUUUGGACUCUGAGAUGUAAUGAUUACUGUGAUCCUCAUCAGUGGGUUCCAUUUGUUCAUCAUAUGAAGAACAUAAAGAAAAAAUUGAUGAUUGGUGUUGAUCACUUUAACAGGGAUCCCAAGAAGGGCCUGGAAUAUCUUCAGGGGAUGAAGUUGUUACCUGAAAAGUUGGACCCCAAAAGUGUGGCAUUAUUUUUUCGAUAUACAAUUGGAUUAGAGAAAAAUCUUAUUGGAGAUUUUCUAGGGAGUCACGAUGAAUUUUGUGUACAAGUUCUUCAUGAGUUUGCUAGAAUAUUUGAUUUCCGAGACAUGCAUUUGGACACUGCUCUGCGCAUUUUCUUAGAAACUUUUAGAUUGCCUGGGGAGUCCCAGAAGAUACAGAGAGUGCUUGAAGCUUUUGCCGAAAGCUAUUAUGAGCAGUCACCAAAUAUUUUGGUCAAUAAAGAUGCUGCUCUCCUGCUAUCAUAUUCUCUGAUAAUGCUCAACACUGAUCAGCACAAUGCACAGGUCAAAAAGAAGAUGAGUGAAGAAGAUUUCAUUCGGAACAACCGAAAAAUCAAUGGUGGAAAUGAUCUUCCUCGAGAAUUCUUGUCUGAGCUUUAUCAUUCUAUCUGUGAAAAUGAAAUUCGUAUGGUUCCUGAUCAAGGUGGUGCUAUUGGCCUUCUAACUCAAAGUCACUGGAUCGGUCUGACACACAAAGCAAAGCAGACAUCGCCCUUCAUCAUCUCUGGCUCUGGUUCCCAACUCGACUAUGAUAUGUUUAGUAUCUUGUCUGGUCCUGCUAUAGCUGCUAUAUCUGUAGUGUUUGAUCAUGCAGAACAGGAAGAUGUUUUGCAGUUAUGCAUUGAUGGGUAUUUGGCCAUCGCCAAACUUUCUGCCUCGUAUGGUUUGGGUGAAGUACUUGAUGACUUGGUUAUAUCCCUCUGCAAAUUUACGACAUUGCUGCAUCCAUCUUUAAGUGAAAAGCUGAUUAUGUAUUUUGGGGAUGACACCAAAGCUAAGAUGGCAACGGUAGCAGUUUUUACCAUUGCCAACCGGUACAGUGACCAUAUUCGGUCAGGCUGGAGAAACAUUCUGGACUGCAUCUUGAGUUUGCACAAGUUGGGAGUUCUUCCUUCUCGUCUUGCUACUGAUGCUACCGAUGAGUUGGAGUCUUCAAACGACAACGAUCAAGUGAAGAAAUUGGGAACUAAUUCAUUAUCAUCUCCGGCUCCAGCAGCUGCUCCUUCCAGAAAAUCGUCUGGAUUCAUGGGCAGGUUUAGCCUUCUGUUAUCGCUUGACGCAGAUGAACCUGCACCACAACCCUCCGAGGAACAACUUGCUGCUCGUCAGCGCACUAUCCAGACAAUACAAAACUGCCACAUUGAUAGUAUAUUCGCUGAGAGUAAAUUUCUUCAGGCAGAAUCUCUAACACAACUGGUUCGAGCACUUGUCAUGUCCGCAGGGCGUCCCCUCAAAGGGAAUAACUCUGCGGAGGAUGAAGAGACAGCUGCUUUCUGUCUGGAGUUGCUGAUUGCAAUCACUCUUAAUAACCGGGAUAGAAUCAUGCUUCUGUGGCAAAAUGUUUACGAGUAUAUUGCCAGUGUCGUUCAAUCAACCGUGAUGCCUUGUACUUUGGUCGAGAAAGCUGUCUUUGGUCUCCUUCGUAUAUGCCAGCGAUUGCUUCCAUACAAGGAAAAUCUUACCGAUGAGCUUCUUAAAUCUCUGCAACUCGUCUUGAAACUCGAUGCCCGGGUAGCUGAUGCUUAUUGCGAACAAAUCACACAGGAAGUGAUGCAUCUUGUGAAAGCAAACGCAAUGCAGAUAAGAUCGCAUAUGGGCUGGCGGACGAUCAUUUCUUUGCUCUCCAUCACCGCCCGGCAUCCAGAAGCUUCUGAGGCAGGUUUCGAGACCCUGUCUUAUAUCAUGUCUGAGGGUGUCCACCUGUCGCCCGCAAACUAUGUGCUUUGUGUGAAUGCAGCCAGGCAGUUUGCCGAGUCCCGUGUAGGUCAUGUCGAACGAUCUGUCAAAUCGUUGGAUCUAAUGGCCGACUCGAUCGGAUGUCUAGUGAAAUGGUUUCACCAGACUAAGGAAGCUGCGGGCGAAGAAGCUGCAAUGAAGAUGGCCGAGGAUAUUCUUGAAAUGUGGAUGAGACUCGUGCAGGCGCUGCGGAAAGUAUGUUUAGAUCACCGAGAAGAGGUCAGAAACCACGCCAUCUUGCAGUUACAACGUUGCCUCACCGGAGUGGACGGGAUUCGUAUCCCGACCGAACUCUGGCUGCAAUGCUUCAAUCUUAUAAUCUUCACGUUGGUCGAAGAUCUUCCGGCAAUGGCGCAGCAACAUUCUCCGAAGGAGCUUCGCAGCAUCGAAGGAUCAAUCGUACUGUCCCUUAAGCUUUUGUCGAAAACAUUCCUACAAUCGCUCCCCGACAUCUCUCAAGACCAAUCCUUCUGCCAACUCUGGGUUAAGGUCCUCAACUGUCUCGAGAAGCACAUGAACAUCCGAUUCAGAGGGAAACGCAGCGAGAAAAUCCACGAGUUAGUCCCCGAGCUUCUCAAGAACACGCUACUGGUGAUGAAAACCAGCGGCAUCCUUACGCCUAGCGAUCCAGUCGCCGGAGACAGCUUCUGGCAGCUGACGUGGCUACACGUUAAGAACAUCGCCCCGGCGCUGCAGUCGGAGGUUUUCCCGACGGAAGAACUCGAGAAACAUGGCAAGACCGGAUGCAGCCCUAUGCCUGAUGGGAAUGUACAUGUUUCGCAGAAUGAAACUGCAGCCUGAGGAUAUAUAUAUAUAUAGAUACAUAUAUAUAUACACACAUUGUGCUUCUGCUUUUCUUUUCAGCUCCAGAGCAAGUGAAUUUAUCCACAGCAGCAGAAAGCCCGUCGCUUCUUUGGGAUGGAAUUGACAUUAAUUGGCGAGGAAUAUGAUCGAUAUAUAUAUAUAUAUAUAUAGAUGUAUGUAUACAGUGAAACUGAAUUGUUUUUGCAGCACUGAGUGUAUGGAUCGGUACGAUUUGGUAGGGCAAAAUGGUAGUGUGUUUUUGUACGAUUACAUGGGGAAUUUUUAAUAAGUAUAUUAUAGUAUGUUAAGAAUUUAAGAUAGGUAAUAGUGGAUAAUUAGGGAGUAUAUUUGUAAUUUAAUUGUAACGCAUUGGGGGUAUAUUUG